GUGAGACCGGCGUCGACUCAUUCUGCCACCGCCCAGCAUGAUUCUCUCUGGAGCACGUACCAUUGACCUUGACUCUAAAGUCUAGACAUAUAAAAGAUGAGCCCGUUGACUCACACUUCAGUAGAAUCAGAAUGAAUUCAUCACUCCAUAGUCACAACCUCAUCAGAAUGCCCGGCUUAGACUGCCGCAAUGAUUUAACAUCGCAUCAUACCCUGAGCCGGGUCGUCGCCAUGCGACUUGAUGGCGACAAAUAUUCUUCUAUUCAUGGACUUGCUACUACUCAUCCUCAUGCACUCUCCUAAUAUCCAGCACGCUACACAAUAAGCUUGCUGAUCCCUCUACCUAAUUCAAUAUGCCAUUCUGGUCUUGGAAGGGGUCAAAGACCAAACCGACUCACACGUCCAAAUCAGUGGACAGAACCGUCCCGGUUUCCAAGGAGACAGAAUGCAGGGAAAAGUACAAGUACGCGAAGAAUCGGUAUCGCAGGUUGUCUGCUGAUGAAAACUACCGUUAUCAAGAUGCCGUCAAGGAAUGGGCAGGGAAAUACACCGAAGAAGCAGCACUGGGCAUCCUCAUCCUCCAGCGCCUGCAUCGUCUGCAGCUGCUCGGGCCACGCAGCUCAAAGAAGCUUCACCGGCACCCUCGAGGAGAAGACGGGCAGAUUCUCACGACAGUACGCGACAGCAUGCCGCCGCCGAUCUACGUGGAACCCAUUCCGGAAGAUUCUUGCCUUGAGGCAGAGAUGACCCAGCUUCGUAAAGACUACUGGAAGCAUCAACUUCGGCUGCAGGAACUGUACCGAGGGCGUCCACACCCGACAGGUCCAACCAUGGCGCUGUUUCUGGCCGGCCACGAAUAUAGGAAUGAGCAUGGGCAGCCGUACGACUUCGUGGACUCGCAACGAGAAUGUGCCAAAGCCGGGGGGUGCUGCGCACGGUCGUGCGGGUGUUGUCAGAAGGGGUUGUAUGCCAACGAAGACAAGAAGGAUCAAACGAGCCCGGUUUACGGGCACUGCACGCUGGAGUGCGUUUGCUGCAUCCGUUUUCGCCAGUGUUAUGUGCCUGACGGGCGUUUGUCUCCGCCGAAGACAAAGCCUCUGCUCAGAUGA